AAACAUAGCAAGACAUUGAUACAUCUUGCUGCAAUGCACAGUUAUGGAUGCCAACCGCCAUAAAACUCAACAGAAGCAGAAGAAGAAGAAUACAUCUUGUCGCCAUAUUUUAUUCUUUGAAAUGUCUAUGUUGAGUAGUCGUAACAUGGGUUUUCUGGCUGUGAAACCUGAGCCAGGGACCAAAUAUAGCCCCCACACAGUGAGCAGUUAGAGACCGGGACAGAUGGGACAGCAGGCCACUGCAGAGGCAGCACGCAAUUGGACCCUGAACCUGAGAGAGCCUGCCGACUGUCUGACCAAUAAGGCUGCUCUUCUGGAAAGAGAAGCCUCUUUUUGGCUCAUUCUUACUUAAUAAACAAGACAAACCUGGAACCACAAAACCAGGAGAAAGCGUUUGGACAAAUAGCCCACUUUAAGGAUGCAGGAAGGGAGUUGGAAUCAACCACUCCCCAUCUCUGUGCUGCUGAAGGACCCGGCAGGAGGCAGGACUUUGGAGGGCGAUGGCGGUGUGUUUUCUGAGGCAUCCUCUGAUGGGGAACUCUACCUGGACUCAGUGACAGAGCUGGAUUCUGGAGAUGGGGACUUUGCAGAUCUCACUGCCUUCUUGAGUGCAGAAGAGAUUAAUCUUAGCCUGGACCUGGCCCGGGAGGCCUUUGGUGACACAUUUGAAUCUGGAGAUCCAGGCCUCUCUGAUCCUACAUCCCAGGAGCAGGCUCUCCAACGUGUACCCUCCCUUCCUGUGCCCCCCCAGACUACUGAAAACCUCACCACAAGCCCAAACCUGCAGCACCAGACCAAAGCCCCCUGCCCAGAUGACAAUGCAACAGUUGAAGUCUCUUCCAGCCAGAACGCCCCCCUCAUCAAACCCGUACAGGUGUUCAGUGAGGCCCCGUCCCCUGCUGAGAAGGUAGUCCGCCACAAACCCAUUCAGCCAGUUUAUAAGCAGGAUAAACCCAGGCUGGUUCAUGAAGGCCUGGAGCUGAAUGAUCGGGCAGCUUCAGCCACAGAGUUCUGUAGCCGAGCUGCCACAUUCAUCGAGGAGCUGUCAUCCAUCUUUAAAGGUUCUGCUCAUUUGGAGCAGCAGGUGGAGGAGGACUCCUCCUCCCCUGAUAGUGGCUAUCUGACUCCAAGGAGUCAGCGACCAGUCCCUCAGGGCUCAGUCUCUGUUCCCUCUCUGCCUCCCGGUCAGCAAGAGCAGACACAGUACAGCCUGCCAGCCAUGAGCCUGGAGCCUCAGCGUGGAGGCUCGACGGGAGUGACAGCUUCUGCGAGGUACCAACACUCUGGAGCUCCAACCACACAUGGACCGCUGUCUCCUCCUUGCUUCCUCCAGAAGCUGAAGAGUCAGGAGGUGGCAGAAGGACGCCCCAUUCGUCUGGAAUGCAGAGUCAGAGGAAACCCCCUGCCGCUUGUCAGGUGGUUCUGUGAAGGCCGUGAGCUGCACAACUCUCCUGACAUACAGAUCUGGAGGGAUGGUGACCUGCACACACUGGUGAUUGCUGAAGCCUUUGAGGACGACACAGGACGUUACACCUGCGUGGCUUCCAACAGUCUCGGAGCAGACAAUACCUCUGCUGAGGUUUACAUCGAAGGAGCUUCGUCAUCAGACUCAGAAGGAGAAGGAGCUUUGUCAAAGUCCAGAUCAGGAACCAUGCCUCAAGUUCAGAAGAAAACUACUUCAAUGUCCCUGACGAUACGCUCAUCGUCGCCCAAAACUGCUGAGGUCCUUCCUCAUCGCUCCACGCUGGUCCAAGCCCUGUCUCAGCCCCCACAGCGGAUGCAGAGCCCAGUGUCAUCACUGUAUGGUGGUGAGGUGUCAGGUCCUCCUAUAUUCACCAAGCUGCUGCAGGACGCCCAGGCAUCUGAGGGCCAGGUGGUGGUUUUGGAGUGCAGGGUCCGUGGAAGCCCUCCUCUCCAGGUCAGAUGGUACCGCCAGGGAGAGGAGAUCCUGGACUCCCCCGAUUUUCGUAUUCUCCAGAAAAAGCCUCGAUCUGCAGCUGAGCCAGAGGAGAUCUGCACCCUGGUGAUAGCUGAGGCCUUUCCAGAGGAUGGUGGUCUUUUCUGCUGCACCGCGUCUAACCCGUAUGGCUCCAUUAACAGCACAGCCCAACUCACUGUCACUGCAGCAGCUGAGGACUCAUCCAGUAAUGGCAUGUCUGGUGAUAGCUCAGGGUUUGAGGAUGCGGCAGCCUUCCCCCCUCCUCCCCCACCCACAGAAAUCAGCCUCCUACAGCUGCCACCCAGGACGCUGCCUCAGCCCUGCACUGAGGCUUUCCAUAUCAAGGAGCUUGAGAUCUGGCCCAGUGUGUCAUCCCUGCCUCCAGUACAAAUGGGCUCAGAGGUGGAGGACAAAGAUAAGGGAAAGGGGUCUAUACAGAAUGGCCGACCCCCAAAUCCACCAUCCCCACCAAGCCCACCUAAAGCGACCACACCACCACCCCCACCUCCACCUCCACCUUUGCCACAGUCAGACCCUAUGACAGUUGUCCCUUUCAUGGCCCAAAGUCCAGCCCAGGUGGCACCAGACUCACCUCCAUCCCCAGGCAAGCUGUCUCCAACCCCUGGGAAGGACGGUCCUCCAUUGCCUACCAAGCCUAAACCAAAGCUAGCUGAGAAUAUAGAGGAGGAGACAGAAAAUUACAGGAACGCAUCCCAGCUGAAGCAGCUGCAGGACCAGAUUCUAUUGGAGCAGCAGGAAGCAGUCAAUUGGCAGCAGCAGCAGCAGCAGCAGCAGGAGCAGCAGCACCAGGAAGUCCCGCCUCCACCUCAGCAACCACCUCAGGAAGUGCCUCCACUUGCUCCACCAUCUCCACCUCUCCCCCCUCCUCCCUCCUUCCAGGAGUUGGAGAGCAACACAGCCAUGCAGGCCAGCACCUUCAACUACGCCCGGCCCAAGCAGUUCAUUGCUGCUCAGAGCCCUGGCGGGGCGGGCUAUGUCACCCAGUCCUCUGGUUCCUCAGGGUCCAGCCUGUCCUCCCCCCUGUCUCCUCCCACCUCACACAAGCCCUUCAGCAGGGUCACUUUGCCCCCCUUCACCAAGGCCGGCAGCGUGGAGUCCCCGAGCUCUCCUUCCUUCCCGCCUCCACCUCCACCCUUUCUCAGCUCCAGUAACCUGUCCUCUCCAUUAGGCCCCGCCCAAGACUUCCCUCCCCCUCCCCCUCCCCCUCCGCCUCCUCCCCCUCUGCCCGUCUCCUUGUCUCCAGCCUACUCAGAUAUGUCCUCGCCGUUCUCCUCCGUCCCUCCAUCUCCAGCCUCCAGCUUCCUGUCCUCAGUGUUGCCCUCCACACCUUCCUCACCCGGCAGUCCUACAGUCAAUGCCCUGGGCCUUCCCAAAGGCAACGGGACUGUCAAAGCGUUCCCCAGGAAGUCGUCUGUCACCAGGACGCCUCGCAUCGCCUCUGACUCGGACAUCCAAGGAUCCAAGGACGCCGUCAUCCAGGACUUGGAGAGAAAAUUGCGCUUUAAAGAGGAGCGCAUAAGCAAUGGUCAACAGAGGUUAACCUAUGAGGAGAAGAUGGCUCGCAGACUGCUGGGGGCUGACAACGCUGCCACAGUCUUAAACACACAGGACACAGAGGAGGAGCCAGUCACACAGGAAUACAAGUCAUCUGACAGAGAAUCUUUCCCUCUAAAGGAAUACAAAGUGUCCAGCUUCGAGCAGCGCCUGAUCAGUGAGAUUGAAUUCCGUCUGGAGCGUUCUCCGGUGGAGGAAUCAGACGACGACGUGCAGCACGAUGAAGACUCUGCCAGCCAGGGGGUGGCACCAUCCUUCGGCCAGAAGCUUAAACACUACAAAGUCUUUGAGGGCAUGCCAGUCACCUUCUCCUGCAAGGUCAACGGAGACCCCAAACCAAAGGUCUACUGGUUCAAAGAUGGCAAGCAAAUCUCUAAGAGGAGCGAGCAUUACAGGAUCAGCCGUGACGCUGAUGGAACCUGCUCUCUGCACACUGCUGCAGCCUCACUGGAUGAUGACGGCAACUACACCAUCAUGGCAGGCAACCCUGAGGGCAGGGUGAGCUGCACCGGCAGGAUGAUGGUCCAGGCUGUGAACCAGCGAGGCCGUAGCCAACGCUCCACACCUGGACACAUGCGCAGGCCCAGGUCCAGGUCUAGAGACAGCGGUGAUGAGAAUGAUAACAUCCAAGAGCGUCACUUCCGCCCCCACUUCCUGCAGGCGCCCGGUGACCUCAUUGUUCAGGAGGGUCGACUGUGCCGAAUGGACUGCAAGGUGAGUGGCCUGCCCACUCCUGACCUCAUCUGGCAGCUGAACGGACAGACCAUCCGCCCUGACUCCGCCCAUAAGAUGCUGGUGAGGGAAAAUGGUGUGCACUCAUUGGUCAUCGAGCCCGUGACUAGCCGCGACGCGGGCAUCUACACCUGCAUCGCCAGCAACCGAGCCGGGCAGAACUCCUUUAACCUGGAGCUCAUUGUUGCAGCCAAAGAGAUGCACAAGGCCCCUUCAUUUGUCGAGAAGCUGCAAAACACAGUUGUGGCUGAGGGUCAUCCGGUGCGACUGGAGUGUCGUGUCACAGGGGUUCCCUACCCACAAAUCUUCUGGAAAAGGGAGAAUGAGUCAUUCACUCACAACACAGACAGAAUCAGUAUGCAUCAGGACAACUGUGGCUACCUGUGUAUGAUCAUUCAGCCAGCCAUGAAAGAAGAUGCUGGCUGGUACACUGUGUCAGCCAAGAAUGACGCUGGCAUUGUAUCCAGCACUGCACGCCUCGACGUCCACACUCAGUGGCAGCAGCCUAACUUCCCCAAGCCCAAGAAGGUGCGGCCCUCCACCAGCCGCUACGCCGCACUGACAGAGAGAGGGCUGGACGUGAAGGCAGCCUUCUUCCCCGACUCCAGCCCGCUGCAGCCUGGUGGCCUGGUGGAAAGUGACGACCUGUAGAGACCACAGGCAGGCACGAGGAUUACGACGUCACCCAAAAAAAAUGCCCAGAAAGCUGGCCUUGCUCCCAACACUCCUGAGACAAAUACUUUAUGACGGCGACGAGGGGCAGAAUAUAACCUUGUCCACCUGAGGGACUCUAUCAUUAAUACAGAACUAAAGGGUCGGUGGGCAGAGUAAGCUGGUGCAGCCGUGGUUUUCUUAUGUUUUUAUAGUAUGACACAGCCCAUUAUAUUACAGAAUUCAUCAAGUUGUUUCCCCAAGCUUCAUUUUAUCAACUGGACCUGGAAAAUGUUUGUGUUUACCACGAGGAAAGACUGUUCAUAGAUAUGCGCUCUCAUGUUUCAUGAACUGUGCGGUUGACUCUGUCUUGCAAAGGGUUGUCUUUUUAAGUGCCUCUCAUGUCUGUAAAGAUAAAAAAAAAAAAAAGGUUUAAAAAUGAAAUGAAACAUAGAAUUACUAUGCAUGUUCAAGUGGUGCCAUUUGAAAUACACAGACUAAUACUAUAUCUAUAUGUAGCACUCCACCAAUUUUGUGUAGAAGUGGGACAUGCCGAAGAAGACUUAAAAAGACUAAAUGACUCAAAGCAUGGUAGCUUUGACGAAGGAGAUCACAAACUUUUAUUAAGUGGGCUUGUGUAGCACAGUGCUGAUAUCUACAGUAUCUGAUUAUAGUUGGAGUAUCAUACAGUUUGCUUACAGAUAUUGGAAAAGGCCGGGCCUUAUAAACAGUAUGUUAAGUGUUGUUUUUUUUUGCAAAAAGAAAUGAGGUUUGGGAAAAAGAACGCUCACAUGUGGAUGAGAUUUGUUAGUUUGUGGGUGCAGCAGAACUUGAGGAAAGUUGGCUCUUACAGACAAAGGAAGGGACAGCGACAGGAAAAAGCAGGUUUUUUUGAUGGACAUCAACUUUAAUGUGGUAAGUUGACACUCGAUAGAAGGAUGUGAUUGACUGUGGCAGUGGUGAAGAUGACAGUUGUAUCUUUGGUGAUGGCAUUUUUGUGAUUUUUUUUUUUUCUUUGAUGGUUUAUUUUAAAAGUGUGAAUUGAAAUGUUCUCACUCAAGAGAGGGUGCUGUGAAAUGUUUCAGUGUAUUUGUCACACACAUCACAGAUUGUCCAUUUUAUUUUUGUAUGAAACAAAAAAAGACUUUACUUUCCCAACAAUCUUGACAUAAAUUAUAUCAGCAGCCUUUUGUUCACUGAUAAAACAAUCUUUUCUGUAUCAUGAAGUUUUAUAAAUAUAUUUACAGCCUCAAAUCACAUUUAGGCUAAUGCAAACACAAUUUCUUUGCAUGUUACUUUUGGACACUUGUAAAGUGCCAAACAACUUUUUCCAGGAUGUAUAAAAACACAACUUUUUUCCCAGUAUUCAUGGGUAGAAAACACUCUAAGCUGGUGAAAAGUGAAAGGCAAGGUAUAUUUAUAUCUACUAUUUUUGUCACCUCUGUAAUACUAUACAAAGUGGACAUCUUUUUCUGUGUCUGUUCAGAGCUUGCAUCAGCUGACAGUUACUGUGUUUGCACAUUUCUAUGCCAAUCAAUGCCUGUAUAUGGAUUGUUCUCCUGAUAUUAUUUUAGGUUAUGAAAGUUAAUAAAAAUCAAACUCUUCAGA